AUGAAUGAGAGCUUAUUGUAUUUUCCAGAUGAAGAAUUGGAGGAAGAGGAGGUAAAUGAACAAUCUAAAUCCGAGUCUAUCUAUAAUAGUAAAUUUUCGGAUAUAAAGGGGCUUAAUAAGAAAUUAAUUUCUCAGUUAAGCGCUUUGGGAUAUGAAAAAAUGACCAAGGUUCAGGAAAUAGUUAUUCCAAAGAUACUUAAUGGAGGUGAUAUAUUAUUUAGAGCUCCAACAGGAACAGGUAAGACCCUUUCGUUUUUGGUACCAACAAUACAGAGAAGUUUAUUGAAUGAAAUAGAGAAAACAACUAUCAGUAGAAGUGAUGGUACAGUUAUACUAAUUUUGACGCCAACAAGAGAGCUUUGUAUACAGACUGUUGAGACUGCAAGAUUGAUUGUUCAAAAAAUGCCUUGGUGUGUAACUGGAUGUAUAUGCGGAGGUGAGAAGAGAAAAAGUGAAAAAGCAAGAUUAAGAAAAGGAAUUACAAUUUUAGGAGGAACUCCAGGUAGAAUUCUGGAUCAUAUUGACUCAACAAACUGUUUUAAGGUCACUAAUUUAAGAACUUUAAUAGUAGAUGAAGCUGAUAGAUUAUUAGAAGAAGGUUUUGGAGCAUCUUAUAAAAAGAUCUACCAAUUCAUCAUGAAUAAAGAUGCAAACUCUAAUGUCUGCGGAUUGUAUAAUGAAGAUGAUGAUGAGGAAUUAUCUAUGUUAUUAAAUGUUAAAGUUAAUAAAGAGAAAAGAUUUGACAAAAUUAACAAACAAAUUAUUUUGGUCUCUGCAACAUUAUCAAAACCUGUAGAAGAUUUAGCAAGAUAUUCUCUUAAGAAUAAUCCAGAAUGGCUUAUAUUGGAUCAAUACAAAGAAAUUGGUCACAAAAAAAGUGAUGGAGAAUUAGAAAUAGUUCAAGAUGCUUUAGAAGGAAGUCAGAAUAUUCCGAGUAAAGGAUUAUUUUCAGUUCCAAUUAAUCUCCGUCAAGAAUACGUGGUUGUUCAAGAUAAGUUCAGGAUACCUGCUCUUAUUUCUUUAUUACUUUCACGCACAGGGAAUGGAAAAAGAACUGUGUUAUUUGUUUCAAGUACUCAAGUUGUUGAGUUUUAUUUUGCAUUGCUGCAAAGUAUGAGAUGGCCAUCAAAGUUGCUAAUAAGAGGGGGGCCUGAUGUUAAGAAUUCAAUAAAAUUGUUAGAGAAUUUUAAAAAAGAGAUUGAUAAUAAAGAUUUGCGUAAUGAAACAGAAAAUGGCAAAAUUCAUAAUAAAUUUAAGAUGAAUAAGAAGAAAAGAUUUAAUGACUAUGAUAAUGAAUCUGAUAGCGAUUUAGAUAGUGAGAUUAUGAUUUCUGAUUCUGAUUCUGAAUUUGAAUCAAGAAGGAAAGAUAAGAAAAGAUCUGAUAAUAAUAAUUUUUUGAAGGGCCAUAAGAAAUGGUUCACUAACAAUUCGCAGUUAAUUGAGAAAUUUGAAAGUAUGUUUGAUAAUUAUAUAUUCAAAAAUUCUAUUUUUGACGAUGAAGUAGAAGAUAAAGAGUCUUCUAAUAUAAUUGGUGAGAAUAAACAUUUUCAUAUUAGUGAUGAGAUGGUUUCUAAUAAUGAGAACAUAACACAACCACCGAUUUUUAUGCUUCAUGGGCAUAUGAAUAAAGAUGACCGUCUUGGACAAUUAAGUUCUUUUGAAAAAAGUAAGAAAGGAGGAGUUAUUAUCACCUCUGAUGUAGCCAGCCGAGGACUUAACUUUCCAAAGAUAGAUACAGUUAUACAAUUCGAUCCACCUCAAUCAAUUGAAGAAUAUGUACAUAGAAUGGGAAGAACUGCUCGUAUGGGAGAUAAAGGAACAGGAAUAAUUUUUCUUAGACCCUCUGAAGAGGGAUAUUUGGAAACAUUAAAGAGUUAUGAUAUUACAGGUAAAAAUGGAAUUAUAAAAUUAAGCGAUACUACAAUUUGGGAAGGUUUGAUAUCAAAUAACAGUAAUUCUGGUAAGAUAGAUGAUAUUUCUGGUUUCUUUUAUUCUAUUAUUAAUAAAAUUAUUACAUUGGAUCCAAAUGAUUCUCAUAAUGAAUUAUUAAAUAAGGCCAGAAGAGCUUACAUUGCUUAUGUAAGGUCAUAUAUGAGCUAUGAUCGUGAAUUUUCAAAAAUUUUUUCCAUUAAAAAACUUCAUCUUGGGCAUGUAGCAUCUUCUUUCGGAAUUAAUGAACAACCAAAUAAAAUCAUUGGGCAUAUUAAAUAUUUAGAUGGUAUUAUAAGCCAUAAGGAUAAAAUGAAUAUAAAUAGCAAGAUGAAUUCAAACAAAAAAAACAAAAUCGGUAUAAUUGAAAAUUCCAAAAGAACGGUUAGGGUAAUUAAUAAACCAAUAAAUAAAGUUAAUAAAGGUACAUCUAUUAGAAAAAAAAAUGAAAAUAAAUCAAAUUUCAAGGAUUUUAACUUAAAAUCUGAUUCAAGCAAAUCAGAAAUCAUUGAUAAGGCACUACAACUUAUGAAAAGUAAAAGCGAAAUUCAUGUUGAACGAUAA